GCUAGUCCAGAUUAUUUGGUGACCGGAACUCAUCCGUAUCCAUCUGCUCCGGGGGUGGCCCUCACUGCAGAUACACAGAUGCAGAAGAUGCCCAGUGAAGCAGGUGUUCACUCCAUGGCUCUGGCUCUUCCUCCCGCUCAAGCAAGGCAGGAGGCCAGCCGAACUGCAGCCAGUGUGGCAGAAAUCCACAGACAUGCAGGAGCUGCAGAGAGAUCUCAUCCCCCGCUGCACGCGCUGUCUCUCAUGGAAGGAGGCACAAAGAGUUCUGCGCUGGUGCCAAGAAAGGCUCCUACCAUGCCCAAACCUCAGUGGCAUCCCCCAUGGAAACUGUACCGAGUCAUCAGUGGUCAUCUGGGCUGGGUCAGAUCUAUAGCAGUGGAGCCUGGAAACCAGUGGUUUGUGACUGGAUCAGCAGACAGGACUAUAAAGAUCUGGGAUCUUGCCAGCGGGAAGCUGAAGUUGUCUCUGACGGGUCACAUCAGCACGGUGAGAGGCGUCGCUGUCAGCACACGCAGCCCUUACCUCUUCUCCUGCGGCGAGGACAAGCAGGUUAAAUGCUGGGAUCUAGAGUAUAACAAGGUUAUUAGGCACUAUCACGGCCAUCUGAGCGCAGUCUACGACAUUGACCUCCAUCCUACCAUUGAUGUGCUGGUGACCUGCAGUCGAGACGCCUCCGCCAGAGUUUGGGACAUCAGGUCCAAGGCAAAUGUCCACACUCUUUCUGGACACACCAACACAGUGGCUACCGUCAAAUGUCAAAGUGCCGAGCCACAGGUGGUUACAGGAAGUCAUGACACCACCAUCAGACUCUGGGAUCUGGUCGCUGGCAAGACUAGAGCCACUCUGACCAAUCACAAGAAGUCUGUCAGAGCACUGGUGCUCCAUCCCAGACAGUACACCUUUGCCUCUGGCUCUCCAGACAACAUCAAGCAGUGGAAAUGUCCUGAUGGGAACUUCAUCCAAAAUCUUUCCGGACACAACGCCAUCAUCAACACGCUGGCUGUCAAUUCAGAUGGAGUUCUGGUGUCUGGAGCUGAUAACGGCACUAUUCACAUGUGGGACUGGAGGACUGGCUACAACUUCCAGAGGAUUCAUGCGGCGGUGCAGCCCGGUUCUCUAGACAGUGAGUCUGGGAUCUUUGCGUGCGUGUUCGAUCAGUCUGAGAGCCGCCUCAUAACAGCAGAGGCUGACAAAACCAUCAAGGUCUACAAAGAGGACGACACGGCUACUGAAGAAUCCCACCCGGUUAAUUGGAAACCUGAGAUUCUGAAGAGAAAAAGAUUUUAAUAUUUGCUGGGUUUUUUUCUGUUUUUGAAAACUUUCAUUUUGUUACAUUUUAGCCAGCUGAUUUCUAACAGUUUCUGCUUAAGACAUAAACGUAAACAGCACAUUCACAAUUUAAGUGAAGUCAGGAGACUUAAGAUCAGAUGAGACAUUUAGCUUUGUUCUACCCAUUUAAAAAAAAAAAAA